AUGACUGGCCAAAUUUUCAAAAGUGCUGAGCAACCGACAUCUGUCACUGAAGUCCCAGCUGGCAAAUCGCGCGUGGGCGUGAGCGGCGUUGUCCGAGGGGGAGCGGAGGAAGUGAAGCUGGGGAGGAGCCGGGCAGAGGGACCGGAGCCCUGGCCCCUCGUCUCACCGGUAAGUGGUCAGCACGGUCUUGUUCACCAGGACGAUCAGGAAAGAGCAGGUUCCAUAGAAGAAGGCGGAAAGCAGCCUGGCCAGCGGCGGCUGGGCGGCAGCAGCCGGCUCCUCCUCGGGCUGCCCAGCGCUCAUCUCCUCGGCCGUGCAACGUGCCUGGGCCGCCGACGACAAACCCCAGCCCCUGGAGAGCGGCGAGCCGCGCCGCCGGACAUGCCCGCGGCCCGGGGGGGGGGGGGGGGGAGAGAGACCCAGGGCAAGCGCCGCCGGCCCAGCCCCUCCUUCCUCAGCACCAAGGCGGCGAAACAGGAAGAGCUCGCGCCCAGCCAGUCCCCGCCCUCCCUGCGCAGGCGCGGGCGCCUCGCCGCUGCCUCUGCCUCUGCCCGGCUGACGCCUCGGAGGCGUGUGGCUGGGGCCGGGCGCGGGGUCCCGUCGCCCGGCUGCGCUGCCAGGCCCUUUGCCCGGUUCGGGCUGAGCCCCGGCGUGGAUGGAGCCCAGCAGCUCCAGCGCGUAGGCUGGAGCCUGGAAAAGUUGGGUAGACUAGCGCCUCCGCGGGCCCGGCCCGGCGCUGGAGAGAGACGCCAGCUGAGCGGUUUCCGCCCGCGUCCCAGCCAGUGCAAUAAAGGAGCCCCUGGUGCACCAGCUCGCUACCCGUCCACACUGGCAAGGCACGUAGAGCGCUCUGACUCCGCGACUACAGCACCGCGGUUACUCCACCUCGGCGAGUGGAAUAAGGUUUCCUGCAUCCCUGCGGGAGCGCCGCGGCACCAGUGUGGAUGCCCUGGUCCUAUAGUGCGCUGUGAUCGGCCUCCAGAAGUGUCCCACAAUGCCUGUGCUAGCCACUCCGGUCAUCACUUUGAACUCUACUGCCCUGCCCUCAGGUGACCAACCGUCAGACCCGCCCUUUAAAUUCUCUGGGAAUUUUGAAAAUCCCCUUUCUGAUUGCUCAGCCAGGCGUGGAGUGCUCAUAGCGAAUCUUUCCAGGUGACCAGGCCUCCAUGCGCCUGGCAAGCCCCAGUAUGGAACAAUGGCAAGGUGCUGGACCUCAUCAGCAUUCGGGGGGAGGAAGCUGCCCAGUCCCAGCUGCGCUUCAGCUGUAGGAAUUACGAUACCUUUGGGAAGAUAUCAAGGGACAUGAUGGAAA